AUGGCUGCUAAAGCCAUCCUAUCUCAUGACGAUUAUACAGUCGGAUGGAUAUGCGCCUUACCGCUGGAGAUGGCGGCUGCAAAGCUGAUGUUGGAUACAAUCCAUCCGCACCUGCCGUAUCCAUCAACCGAUCAAAACAAUUACAUCCUUGGAAAUAUUGAAGAACAUAACAUCGUCAUUGCCUGUCUACCAGGCGGCACAUAUGGCGUUGUACCAGCUGCAAUAGUCGCGAUGCAGUUGCUCUCGACCUUCAGCUCUAUCCGCUUCGGUCUAUUGGUCGGUGUUGGUGGCGGCGUACCGAGCAGCAACAUAGAUAUUCGGCUAGGAGAUAUUGUGGUGAGCCAGCCAAGGGACACAUCUGGAGGCGUGAUCCAAUAUGAUUUUGGGAAAGAUUUACCCGAUGGAUUUCAGCGGACUGGGAUGUUGAACCGGCCUCCGAAGGUCCUACUAACUGCUCUUGCCACAAUACAAGCCCAACAUCUUACAGAAGACAGUCGGGUUGUUGAAUUUAUUUCAGACAUCGAAAAUAAGAUACCACAGCGUCAGGCCGCGAAGUUUACUCGUCCUACCCAAGAGGACUAUUUAUACCAAGCGGAAUAUGAUCAUGGUGAAUCUAAUACAUGCGUGAAUUGCGACCCAUCGAGAGUAAUAUCUCGACCUUCGCGAGACUAUGAUGAGCCAGUCAUUCACUAUGGACUGAUUGGAUCUGCGAAUCGGGUGAUGAAAAAUGGCAGAAUACGAGACCAACUAGCCCAGGACUUGGGUAUAUACUGUGUUGAGAUGGAAGCGGCGGGGCUCAUGAAUGAUUUUCAGUGUUUGGUUAUUCGAGGCAUCUGUGACUAUGCUGACUCGCAUAAGAAUAAGGACUGGCAAGGAUAUGCGGCGGCAGUGGCGGCAGCCUAUGCUAAAGAGCUGCUUUUGGUGGUUCCAUUCAAUCAGAUCGACAAUACCCCCACAGCCCGAAAUGCUCUAUCAAAUUCUGUUAAUCGCUUCAAAAUUCCUCUUGAUCUAACGGCUGUGCCUGUGAUCGAAAAUUUCGUGGGACGGCAAGCCGAGCUAGACCUCCUAUGGCAAUUUUACAAGCCGACAGACUCCCAAAGACGAAAGGUCGCGGUUCUACAUGGGCUUGGUGGAAUAGGAAAAACACAGCUAGCGGUCCAAUUCGCGCGAGAACAUCAACACGAGUUCACCGCUGUCUUUUGGUUAAAUGGCAAAGAUCGAGGCACGCUUCUACAAUCAUUAAGCUCUGUCUUGCCUCGAUUACCUGGGCAAACCCAUACCAACGAGGCAAUCGGUGACGACGAGCUCGAACAGCGAGCUAGGCAAGUGUUACAGUGGCUAGCAAACGACGGCAAUUCUCGCUGGUUGAUCAUUUUUGAUAACUUUGAUCAAUACUCUCCAAUUGAUAGCGGCGUUGGGAAUGCAUAUGAUAUUGGAAAGUUCUUUCCCGCGACAGAUCAUGGCUCUAUCCUCAUCACCUCUCGACUUCCAGGGCUCAUUGAAGAAUUCAGAGCAAAGUCCGUUCCAAUUGACAGGCUUGCCUCGACAGAAGCUAUUCAGCUUCUCUUAAAGAACAGCGGUCUAUCGGAAGAUAGCACUUUUGAGGAUCUAAAGGGUAGCGUAGAUACCCUUGCGCUCGCUCACCGUCUUGACGGACUACCAUUAGCGAUUGUCAUCGCUGCGGCAUUUAUGCGUCAGACCGGCACUAGUAUUACCCAGUACCUAGAUUUCUACCAGGAAUCAUGGUCUGAACUACAGUCACAAUCAAGCCCUGGGCGUCAGUACCAGCAAGGAAAUAUGCUACAGACAUGGAUGAUAUCAUACCGUGAGAUCCAAAAUCGAGCCCCAAACGCAGCAAAGCUUCUUCUAUUACUUGCCUGCUUCGACAAUCGAGACAUUUGGUAUGAGUUAGUGCAAAGUGCUUCUAAUAGCCCUGAUGUUCCAGGCUGGCUUAAGAACAUCAUAUCAAGUGGACUUACGUUCAAAGGUUAUGUGAAGCCCCUUAUAGAAUUCUCUCUUCUUGAAACGAAGCAACAAGAAGGGAGCUAUGCAAUACAUCCUGUGGUGCAAGACUGGUGCUUUCACAUUGCCAGUACGACUAAAGAUGUGACUUCUAGCCAGCUUUCUGAACUAGCACUGAUAUCAGUCGGAUGGAUAGUUCCUAGUGAAAGCGACAGGAAUUAUUCAGAACUUCAGCAACGGCUUAUCCCACAUGCGAGUUACGUUCAACGUGUUCAACUUCAAAGGGAGAAUAAUACUGUAUGGGGCGCAUUCCUUGGGCUAGGUGAUCUCUAUUCUGAUCAAGGCAAGCUCAAGGAGGCAGAGGAGAUGUACCAGCGAGCACUGGCAGGCUACGAGAAAGCCCUAGGUCCAGAUCAUCCAGCCACUCUCAAUACUAUGAACAGCCUUGGGAUUCUCUACAAACAUCAGGGCGAUCUAAAGGGGGCAGAGGAAAUGUACCAGCGAGCACUAGCAGGCAAGGAGAAAACCCUAGGUCCAUAUCACGCAUCCACUCUUAAUACUGUGAACAAUCUUGGGAUUCUCUACAAAAAUCAGGGGAAGCUUAACGAGGCAGAGAAGAUGUAUUUACGAGACCUUGCAGGAUGCGAGAAGACCCUAGGUCCAGAUCAUACAUCCACUCUUGAUACUGUGAACAACCUUGGUAACCUCUACAAAAGCCUGGGCAGUAUGAAACUGGCAGAGGAACUAUACCAGCGAGCACUAGCGGGAUACGAGAAAGCCCUAGGUCCAGAUCAUACAUCCACUCUCAAUACUAUGAACAACCUUGGUAAUCUCUACUCUGAUCAAGGCAAGCUCGAGAAUGCAGAGGAGAUAUAUCAGCGAGCACUAGCAGGCUACGAGGAAGCUCUAGGUCCAGAUCAUGAAUCUACUCUCGAUACUAUGAGUAACCUUGGGAUCUUCUACAAGCAUCAAGGCAAUCUGAAACAGGCAGAAGAACUAUACCAGCGAGCACUGGCAGGCUACGAAAAAGCCCUGGGUCCAGACCAUAUUGCCACUCUUGAUACCAUGAACAACCUUGGCAAUCUCUACUCUGAUCAGGGUAGGCUCGAGGAUGCAGAAGAGAUAUAUCAGCGAGCACUGGCAGGCUACGAAGAAACCCUAGGUCUAGAUCAUACGUCCACUCUCGAAACGAUGAACAACCUUGGCCUUCUCUACUCUGAUCAAGGCAAGCUCAAGGAGACAGAGGAGAUAUACCAGCGAGCACUCAUAGGAUACGAGAAAGCCUUGGGUCCAGAUCACAACAUGAUGCAAGGAGCUCUGGAGCAGCUCGACAUGCUCAAUAUCACAGAAGAAGAUUAG